AUGAUCCGGCGUAUGGCAGCAAGCGAGCAGUGUUGGUGGCGCUGGACUGAAUGGAUGGAAGAGGCGUCAGGUGAGCCGAGGCAAACCUUGAGGCUAAGCAAGAUUCCGGGCUUGCCACUCCGAGUGGAAACGGAGUCGGAUGAGAUCAAAGAAGCGGCGCUCUCGUCGGGUCGAGUCGAGUCGGUACGAUUCGAACCAACCAAACGGCCUGCGUCCGGACUAUACGACAGUCAAAGGAGGUACCAGGAGACCGGUGAAAGGACGAAUGCCGACAGCGGAUGCAUCCGAGAAGUGACGAACGAGAUGGUGGUGGUGUCGGCCGGAAUCGUUGGUGAUCGCCGCUAUCGACGCAUCGGAUGCGACGAGUCAACCACCAAAGUUGGGUGUCGCUGCGACAGGCCAGGAGAAAAAACGUCACAGCAAGGCGGUGAAAGAAGGAUGAAGGUGUGCGCGUGCGAAAGCCAAAGCGAGCGUGAAGGAGAAGCAAAAGAACAGGGGCGAUGA